UAGGACCAGAGUCUUAAAAUGACGCUUGCGGUUUUGCACAAACAUAAAGCCGCCAGCUACCCAGCCUAAUCGAGACGCUAACCCAAUUCGCCCACCAGAUUGAUGGCCGCCUCGUCCUCGUCCCCGGACUCCGUCGACCUCAUCCUGGUCGAGCCAGCGAGGCCGGGAUCGCUGGUGGCCGUGGUCACCAUCAACCGCCCCGACGCGCUGAACGCGCUAACGCGGCCGAUGAUGGUCUCCCUGGCCGCGGCUUUCCGGCGACUGGACGCCGACGACGGCGUUGCCGCGGUGGUGCUCACGGGCCGUGGCCGCUCCUUCUGCUCCGGAGUUGACCUGAAGGCGGCCGAGGAGGCGUUCAAGGGCGACGUGAACGACCCCGCCGCCAACCCCGUCACCCAGAUGGAGCUCUGCCGCAAACCCAUCGUCGGCGCCGUCGCCGGGUUCGCCGUCACCGCGGGGUUCGAGAUCGCCCUCGCCUGCGACCUCCUCGUCGCUGGCCGCUCGGCCAAGUUCCUCGACACCCACGCCAAGGUUGGGAUAUUUCCUUCUUGGGGUCUUUCGCAGAAGCUCUCCCGUUUCAUUGGGCCGAACAGAGCACGAGAAGUGUCACUAACUUGCAUGCCUAUCACUGCUGAAAUGGGGGAGAAGUGGGGACUCGUUAACCACAUUGUUGAAGACAGCCAGGUUCUGAGUAAGGCCAUAGAGGUCGCCGAGGCCAUUGCGAGGAAUAACCGCAACUUGGUGAUUCUAUACAAGUCAGUUAUAAAUGAUGGGCUUCAGCUGGACAUGAAACAUGCCCGAGCUCUUGAAAAGGAAAGAGCUGUCAAAUUUUACGGUGACAUGACAAACGAGCAAUUCGCAGACAUGCAGAAGUUUGUGCAAGGCCGGGGAUCUACAUCAAAGUUGUAGAUGCAUUGUUCUGUAUGUGUGUAUUGAUAUAAAAAAAUAUAUCAACUUGUAUGUAUGCAGCUACAGUGUGGUGAUCUGAUUAACUUUGAAUGUAAGACAAUGUGAAUCUUCCAGUAAUAGUACUUUUCUUUUGCGUGGAA